UCACUGAAAUGCGUCUUCCAAGUGUUUUCAUUUUGUUGCUCCUUGCAAAUGGCUUUUUAUGCCAAAACGAAAGUGAAGUUGUUUUAAAUUUUAAGGAUGGAGCAUUUUUCACCCUUAUCCUUGAAGUGAGGGCAAGAAUUUCAUUUCUGGACAAUUUCGAAACGGAGCAUCUCGAUUGUUCGUUUGCCGAAUCUGAAGAUCUGUCAGCCAUUUUCCAUCAAGUGACAAUCAAGCGGAAAAAGGAGUGCGUUCCCGAUCAUUUUUGCAACUUUGAGCUACAAAAAAUUGGGUUCAAUGGAUAUUACGUCUGCAGGUAUCACAGUCCAGGAAACUCUGACGUAGAAAUCAUAAGUCCGUUUUACACGAAACCGAAUUUUAUUCAAACACUCGCGAUCCGCUUUUCGUUGCCAGUGAACAUUGGAAAACUGCGGCACGAAUGUUAUUUGCCUGGUAAAAAAAUCAGCGUCAAGCAGAUUGCAAGAGACAAACAUGUUGCUCACUUUUCAAGAAAUGUGACCAGGAAAAUUUUAACUUGCGAGUCUGAUUUUAAUUUGGCCAAGCAACUUCGAAUAUCACUUGAAAGCAAGUGUAAACAACAGAUUGAAUUCAUCAGAAGCACAUUCUGUUGCUUUCCUGAAGUCGACUCUGGACUCCCAUUCGGAUGGAAGGGCGAAAGUCACGAUUCUCUUAAAAUAAGAAAUGCAACCUGUAUUGGUGAUUAUUAUGCUGGUGCGAGAUGGAACGAAACAAAACCGGAAGACCUUAAAUAUCUCAAAUUGGAAGCGUUUACAACAAAUAUAUUUGUUUCGGAAAAUUUUCCAUCUGACGAUUCAGCGAUCAGGAAGGUUGCGAAUCUGUUUAGUGCCUUUGGAAAUAACCAAGAAGCGAUAUUGAAAAAUUUAAGUAAACCACAAGAAACCAAUUUAUUGAAAAAUUUGGACCAUUUCUUGGCAAACGUGGUCCUUAAUCAAUCUUCAGCAGAAGAAAUCAAGCCUAAUUUUGCGGUGCGAGUAGAAAACAUCAAUGGAACUAAAAUAAGAGGGAUGCAAUUGACCGGUCUUGGUAAAUCCGAGGAAUUACAGAAGUUUCACUCAAUAACUUCCGAGUCGAAUGACUCGUCUAUUCUUCAGCCAGGUUUGAUAGCCGCUGUCAAACUACCUGAAAGUUCAUUGCUGCACCACAGAAGACUUUCGGUGGUUAUAAUUCAAGAAUCUGAAAAACUUUUUCUGAAUGAGUUCAAAACCAGCGACGUUGUAAACGUAAAUUUGGACGGAAAACAUUUAAUAAAUUUGGAUGAGCCUGUUAUUAUUUGGUUUCCACGAAAUUCUUCUCAAAAAUUGGGUGAAUGUGGCUUUUGGAAUUUUUCAUUGAACAAUGGAAACGGAAAUUGGUCAACUGAGGGCUGCAAAAUUAUUGCUACCCACAAACUGGAAGACUCAACUUUUGUCGAUGAGUGCCAUUGUUGGCACAUGACCCACUACGCUCUAAUUUUUUGGGAUUCUAAAUAUGACUUCAACACUAUGGAAAAAACUGAUAAGUACACUUCAAGAAACACACCUUUAAAUUCAGAAAUCGAUGACCUUUUUGAAGUAAUAAGUAAUGUCGGUUGCAUAACUUCACUGGUUUGUCUCGCCGGCGUAUUUUUAGCCGCUACGAUUUCCUCCAAAUGGAGAAAAGGAGUUGGACAAAAGCUUUUGUUGCACAUGGCACUAAGUCUCACAAUAUUGUACUCGCUAUUUCUUGGCAUUGAUUUUUUGAUCGACGACAAUUCAAGUGAUUGGGUUCGUUUUAUAGCAGGAUUUUGCAUUCACUAUUCCAUUUUGGCGCACAUUUCAUGGAUGCUGGUUGCUGCUUAUUGGCAGUAUAAAAGGUUGGUUAAAGUAAUGUUUGUGAGAACGUCAAAUUUGAUUCUGAAAUCAUCAAUCGUUGGUUGGUGUAUUCCGAUUAUCCCAGGCCUAAUUGUGCUUAUUUUGCAAAAGUUUGAUUUCUACUCACAACCACCUUUCUAUUUGCCCACUGGUCUCGCUUUUUACCUCACUGUCGCCUUCCCAGUGGCUUUAAUUCAAUUUCUCAACCUGUCGGUUUUUGCAAUGAUCACCUACAAUCUGUGUCGUUUGAACAAAUUCAAUGGGAAGAAGCACCACGACAAUGGGUCGCACGUUCGCAGAUUUAUUCAUUUGGUAUAUUUGUUCACCAUGCUUGGUCUGGUUUGGAUUUUUGGCGUCCUCCAAAUUGUCUUCCCCGAUGCCAGAUUUGUGUUUGGAUUUUUAUUUAACUUGGUUGGAACUUCGCAAGGAAUUUCAUAUUUUGUUUUCUUUGUACUUAUGCAUAGAGAAUUUAAAAACUGUUGCCGAAGAUGUUUCACUUGCUUUCAAAGCUCUGAAAGUAAACCGGAGAGCGCAUUUACUACUGAAAUCUCUUCAAUGAUCGUCUCAAAUGCCAAUGAAAAAUAAUUUGCUCAACUGUGUUACAUGUUAAUAUACAGACAAACUGACAAGACGAUGAGAUUCAUUUUCAUAGUGUUAUAAUUAUAAUAUAGUAUCAGAAAUGUCCUACCCUAUAUAAAUUAAAUUUCAAUGUUUAAAAUAAAAUAAAUAAAUAUAAAAAAUUAAUAUUGGAAAAAAAAUUAAAAUAAUUUUACUAAUUAAAAAUUUAGAUAAUAUUUAAAACAAAAAAUUAUUAAAAAUAGUAUUUAAAAUAAUAUAAAAAUUUAGGUUUUAUAAUAAUUUUUUUAAAAUAACUAAUAAUUGUAAGGCUAAAUAACAAUUAUUUUUACUUUUUUCAGAGCUUUUUAAAGUAUAUUAUGUUUUUGGUCAAGCUAAUUUAUACCUAUAAUGAUAACAGCUUUUUUAAAUUAAUCAGAUUGGUGCUCGUUUUUAUAAGAAACUUGAAAAAUAAGAUAUAAGAAUCUAAAUUGUUAUUUAUUUAUUAAUGGUUUCAUUUACUAAAAAAAAAACUAAUACAAUUAAUCUGCUUUGCCUAACUUUACAAAUAAAAGUUUUUAGAUUAUAUAAGUUAUGGGCAUAUGAACUGCCCUGCACGAGUGAAAUCUGUCGUGGACUACGCAAAAAUGAAGAAGUUAUUGCAACAAUUUUAUUUCUUUUUGCUUAAAAUUGUAACUAUAACAUUGUAUGUAUGGUGAAUACUCAAUGAGCAAUAAAUAAUUUUUCAAUAACAUGGACUAGAAGAUUUGUUUUUAAUAUUAUAUGAGGUGUAAUUCAUCAGGUUUAUCAAUGUAAUCGGUAUGCGAGAUGGUGUGAACCUUUUGGGGUUGACAUUAUUUUGUUUCUCAAAGCAGUUGAAACUUCACACCGAGAACAAAGAGAAUGACGCAGAUUUUGACAAAUGGGCGAAAAAUGAUUAGUGCUGGCGAUAAAAGGACCGUUUUGAAUGAAAUGCUCCGCUCGCAAUGCCAAAUUGCGAUCGUAUCACACGCGCCUGCACAAAUUACGUGCGGACACAAAACUACAUUAUUUAGCAGUUUAGCAGCUGCUGCCAUCCAGAGUGUAUCAUAAAUAA